CUCAGCCCUUCUUACGUAUGUAUAUGUAUAUUUACUAUCGCAAAUGAUGAGAGCAAUGCAGACCUAAUUAAACGUACCCUCUCGAAUAACUUUGACAGCAAUUAUUAUGCAACAAUUGGCAAAAACAAAGCGUGGUACUAGCACAAGAGAUAAAGGCACUCUGUUAAAAAAAGAGUCAUAAAGGUGGUUCUCCUUAAUAUUACCACUCUACUGAUGCAUAAACAGUUUCGCUUUCUAGCUUUAAUUUUGAAUUGGCUCACUUGCCCACCAAUUCUUAUCCCGUUCACAUGUCAGGAGGACAAAAUUUGUAGAUCAUUGAUCAGGAUCAGGAUUUUUUAACACUAAGCAGUCGUAGUUUUCGUACCGUACAAUAAGUAAAAAGUGAACAAAAAUGACCAGGUUGCAAGAAUGCAGUAGGAAUCGACAGUGGUCAGCCAUCAGUUCAAUUCUUCUAGUUCACGUCUUGUUGCUAACUUUGCAUGUAGAUAACACUGAAGCAAUGCAGGAAAAUAAUGGAGAUUCGUUAGAAGAGGCAAUGCAUCCUACACUGCCGGUCCCUAGUUUUAUGGAGAGAAGCGGAUCUGUCAAUUCCUAUGAAGAUGCAACUCACUGGCACAAACAAGCCAAGCGAAUCAUUAAGACUAAAAUCAGACAACACCCAAUUGAACAAAAGGCUAAAAAUGUGAUUUUCUUUCUGGGCGAUGGCAUGAGCAUACCGACCGUUACGUCGGCUCGUAUCUUCAAAGGACAAUUGGAAAAUUUGACAUAUGGAGAAGAAGCCGCUUUAUCAUUUGACCAAUUUCCGUUUACUGGAGUUUCGAAAACUUAUUGCUCAAACUCGCAAGUCGGGGACUCUGCAUGCACGGCCACAUCGUAUUUGUGUGGGUCCAAAGGUAACUACAGGACAAUUGGGGUGACCCCCGAUGUACAAGAAAGCGAUUGUUCGGCACAAAUGGAUCCCGCUAAUCAUGUCACCUCAGUUCUGCAAUGGGCACAGGAAGCUGGACUAUCGACUGGAAUUGUAACCAACACCAGGGUGACUCAUGCUAGUCCUGCAGGUGCUUAUAGUCAUAUAGCUCACAGGAAUUGGGAGCAGGAUGAUGCUGUAGAAAAUUCUGGAUUUGAUGCAGCUUACUGUGAUGACAUUGCAGAACAAUUGAUUUUAAAAAGUCCGGGAAGAGACAUAAAUGUAAUUUUGGGAGGUGGUAGGUCAGCUUUCCUCCCUAAGGAAAUUAUGGAUGUUGAAGAUCCAAAACGGGGGAAGCGACGUGAUGGCAAAAACUUAAUUGAUACAUGGAUUGUGGACAAAUUGUACAAAAAUGGAAAAUAUGUGACCAACAGGGAAGAGCUUUUAUCAGUGAAUACUACAGAUACCGAUUAUCUCAUGGGUCUUUUCGCCUACGAUCACAUGGAUUAUGCAGACAAAGCGAAAGCUGCCAAUGAUCCAACUCUCGAAGAAAUGACACGGGUCGCAGUCGAAAUUCUAAGAAAAAAUCCCAAUGGAUUUUUCCUGUUUGUUGAAGGUGGAAAAAUUGAUCAUGCCCACCAUGCAACCAAUGCUAAAAGAGCUCUGCAUGAAACGCUCGAAUUUGAAAAAGCGGUUAAAAUAGGUCGAGAGAUGACUGAUAUUGACGACACGUUAAUUGUGGUAACUUCAGAUCACUCCCAUGUUAUGACUAUGUCUGGGUACGCCGAGCGUGGACAUUCCGUUCUGGGACUUGGUGGGAUCUCCAACGUGGAUGGCCUCCCUUACACGACAAUUUCAUACGCCAAUGGUCCCGGGUACCGACAAGCUGGAAAGAAUGGCAAAAGGAAGAACAUUCGUGGCGACAACAUGGAAGCCAUCAACUAUCGUCAAAUCACUACCGUUCCGAUGGUGUUUGAGACGCAUGGUGGCGACGAUGUGCUCAUCUUUUCUAGCGGUCCAUUUGCGCAUCUCUUGACAGGUGUUCUGGAUCAAAGCUACAUACCCCACGCCAUUGGUUAUGCAGCCUGCAUUGGGCAAGGAGAAAAGUUUUGCGAUGACUAUGCACAUCUGACUGGUGCUAGAUGACCUACGUAUUUAGCUUAAAAAUGUUAUUAGUUUAAGGGUUGGUGGGAUAAGGUAGAAAUGUAUGUGCUAGGAGUAAGGGUAGCUAAAUAUUUGUAUAUUGCUAAAAAGAGGUGUUAGUGAUUAUUUAUGAAUUUGUUGAAGUUCGACUGAAUUAUAAGGACUGUUUGGGAUCAAUCAAA